CUUUAAUGUGACCUCAUCAGAUCCGUAAAAUCAAAGGUUCGUGUGUGUGAGCGCGUCUCAUGGUCAGGAGAAGUUUGAGUCGAACAGAACCGUAUUCAGCAGGCUAUAAUCAGUGAAUCGGCUCGUUUAGGCAGCGGCUUAUUUCCCGUAAUUCGUCUCGUAAGUCCCCCGCCUUCCCGGCAGAAGCUCCUCCGGCUCUUGACAGGCUGCAGCUGAAGGCGUUUGGCUUUGACAUGCUAAAGCCUGGAUGACCGGAGGGACUCGUUAAUAGCAGGAUCCAGACCUCCAGCUCCUUAUGGCUGUAUAUGAUGAGAACAUCCUGAAGAAUCCUUUCUACUUGGCCUUGGAGAAGCAGAGACCGGACCUUUGCACCCGAGUGGCAGAGCUCCACGGCAUCGUUCUGGUGCCGUGCUGUGGAAGUUUGACCCUCAGCAGCUACUCCGACUCUCACUUCGACAGCUAUGUCCUGCAGCCCGUGGAGGACGGAUACAAGACUGAGGACGGGAAGGAGGUCCGGAUCCAGGACAGGCAGGUCCUGCUGGGAUCCGGUUUCCCGGCUCCCGUGUCCAUCGCCAUCCUAUUUGAGGAGACCUUCUACAACGACCAGGAGCAGAGCUACAGCAUCCUAUGCAUCUCCAGGCCCGUGGAGGUGGAUCCGAGCCUGUCCGAGGUCAGCGCGCCGUCUCCUUACUUCCUGAGGAGCCUGGAGGACGUCAGGGAGUUCCUGGGCCGCCACGCCCAGAAAAUGGACAAGCACAUCCAGGGCUUCUGUCAGGCCUUCAAGGAGCAGGAGAGGAAGGGACUCCGACACCACAUAGACUCGGUCAACGGUCUCUACACUAAAUGCCUUCAGUGUCUGCUGAGAGACUCUCACCUGAAACUUCUGGCAAAGCAGCAGCUUCAGAUGACUCUCCUCAAACAGGCGGUGGAGAUAUACGUUCAUCAUGGUAUCCAUGAUUUCAUCUUUAACUUCGUGGGAACGCUUGAGGCUAGUCAGGAUGCUGCCUUCAACAAAACCACCAGGAGUCUGCAGGAGCUGCAGCAGAAGGACCUGGGAGUCAAACCCGAGUUCAGCAUCAAUCUGUCUCGGGCAAAAAGAGAGCUGAGUCAGCUCAACCAGCAGACGUCCCCCCUCCUCAAACUGCUGUGCCUGCGUAGAGUCGCACUGACCGCGACGCAGACCCCCCGACGCUCCGUGAGCAUCGAAGCCGUGAGCGCGGACGACCUGCUUUCUGUCGUCCUCUAUCUGCUGGUGAAGACGGAAAUUCCCAACUGGAUGGCCAACCUGAGCUACGUCAGGAACUUCUGCUUCAGCCACUCGAGUAAGGAUGAGCUCAGCUACUGUCUGAGCACCUUCGAGGCAGCAGUGGAGUACGUCAACCUGGGGAAGCUGCAGAACUCAGGGUCCGGCGAGCUCAGCGACAAGGCGCUGUUCAAGGAGAGGAUGAGUCUGCUGGCUCAGGGUGCAGCCACGCCCAUCAACUGUCUGUUUGAGCACAUAGCAAAUGGAAAUGAAACGGAGGUUGAACGCCUGCUGAGUGAAGGAGAGGCCGAUGAAGAUGUCAGGAUGUGUCAUCCCCUCUGCUCCUGUGACCUCUGUGACCUCCAGCUGUCGGGGAAGCUGAACGAUCCGUCCAUCGUCACGCCGCUCUCCAGAGACGACCGCGGUUACACUCCUCUGCACGUCGCUGCUCACUGCGGUCAGGCCCAGCUGAUCGACAUACUGGUGCAUAAAGGAGCUCAGGUCAAUGCCACAGACUACCACGCCCUCACCCCGCUGCACCUGGCCUGUCAGCGUGGAUACCAGGGAGUCACGCUCCUGCUGCUGCACUACAAGGCCAACACGGAGGCUCAGGACAACAACGGCAACACGCCGCUGCACCUCGCCUGCAUGUACGGACACGAGGACUGUGUGAAGGCCUUGGUGUACUACGAUGUCCAAACGUGCCGUCUGGACCUGGUGAACGACAAAGGCGACACAGCGCUGCACAUGGCGGCCCGCUGGGGCUACGAGGGGAUCAUCCAGGUGCUCCUGGAGAACGGAGCGAGCACCCACAUCUUCAACAAGAACAAGGAGUCGCCGCUGCAGUGUGCUCUCAACUCCAAGAUCCUCAUGCUGCUGCAGUCAACUCAGAACGGCCGGCAGCGCAGUGGCAGCGGCGUCGACUCUCCCAGUCGCUCCCCUCUGGCCUCAGACUGCAGCAGCAGCCGCCGCUCCUCCGUCUCCAGCACCUCCUCCCUGGGCUCGGAGGUCAAACCAGAGGGAGAACGGGUCCGACACAGAGAGGUGGAGAAGCUGCUGCGAGCCGUGGCAGACGGCGACGUGGAGAUGGUGCGUUACCUGUUGGAGUGGAUGGAUGAGGAAGAGGAGGAUGAGGGAGAAGUUCGGUCUGAGGCUCUGCUUUGCCACCCUCUGUGUCAGUGCCCAAACUGCGCUCCCACUCAGAAGCUGUCCGUGCAGCAGGCGGGAACGCUCGGCGUGAACAGCUGCAACAUUGACGGCUUCACGCCCCUCCACGUCGCCGCCCUGCACGGCCACUUGGCGCUGGCCGCCCUGCUGAUCCGCCACGGGGCCAACGUGAACACCCGCACCAACCAAAGCGCCACGCCCCUUCACCUGGCCUGCCAGAACAGCCACGUCCAGGUUGUGAUCUUUCUGCUGGAGUGCAAUGCCAAGCUGAAUAAGAAGGAUCACUAUGGAAACACUCCUCUGAUCCACUCCUGCCUGCGUGGAAAUCUGGAAACGGCCACCAUCCUGUUACAGAGUAAUGCAUUGGUGAAUGUAGUGAAUCUUCAGGGCAACACGGCUCUCCAUGAGGCGGUGCGCGGCGGGCAUCAGGUGCUGGUGGAGCUUCUACUGAGGGGCGGAGCCUCACCCAGCAUCCGGAACAAGAGGCAGAGGACGCCGCUGGACUGCGCCUACGAGCUGGGCGGAAAGAACACUGAAAUCCUGCGAGCGCUGCAGAAAGCGUCCGGACUCUCUCCUGAUGCUGAACCGAUCAAACUGCUCUCCGUCCCCAAAGGAGCUCUGGCUCAUUCGUUCGUGCAGCGUCUGAGGCUGCAGGAUAACGCCAACAACAGGAAGCAGAAGCUGGCCCAGUCCAUCAGCAGGAUGCAGCAGAUGAAGAAGGGUUCUUCUGCUUCUCCACCCAGGUGUUCACCAAACCUCAGCCAGGUGAAUCCGGACAGGAGGCGGUUGAGGCGAGGGGAGACGGUGGCGGUCAGUAGCCCCACAGGAAGCCUCAAAGAGCGGCCCCUGGCUCGCUCUCACACCCUGGACUCUGGAGCGCACGCGCCGGAGCGAACGCACACUCCAAACGCCUCCGGGCUGGCAGACGAAAUUCCCGACGGUGGUGAACUGCUUUCCACCGACACCUCCAGCUGCAGCACAGGCAGCGAGACCUCGCCAUCGACGCCGUCCGCUGCCUCGUCGCAGAUCGACAGCUCGGCCGACGCCCCUCUCGCAAACAUCCCGUCUUCUCCGCGGGAUCUCGAUGAGCCGCCUGACCCCCACAGCCAGACUGUCCGAGGUUUAAACGUAGAAUUAGAGGACUGUCCCGGCGGCCGCGUGGAAGCCAAAGCCUUUCCGUCACAGAGCAGGGAUGAAGACUCCAGCCGCCCCCCGGAGCCGCCCUCCCCGACCCGGAGCCAAGGAGCUGACGAGACAAAUGCCAAUCAGAAGGCAGAAACCAGCGCAGAGUGAACCUGCGACCGAAGGAGCAGGAGGAAACCCACAGACCUUUGCCAAAAGGAAAAGCACACAAGACUGAAACCGCGACUCAGUGAUGCUGGAUCUGCAUCCCAAACAUCUUCUCACUGCAGCUUUGAGAUCUCUGCCUCCACACCAAUGAUGUAACUUCCUUUCUAAAAAAUAAAACAGUGGUCCAGAUGUGCACCGUAAGGUAACCCGUCCUUCUUUGACCCAGCUUUCCUGUAGGGACUCAGACAGCUGCAGCUCAGCCUGAGUCCACACAGAUUCAGCUUCACUUAAUUAGAAGGAUGGGAUGAUCCACGCAGGCAGCCACAGCCCCGGAUAUUUUAAAAUGUUCGACCCUGUGGCCAAACUGAUGGUGUCACUGUGACGUUUUUAAGUUUAACAAAACGACUCAAAUAUAUUCCAGACAGAUUUGGAUCGGCAGCUUGGCGGGAAAAAAGCAUCUGAGGAGUUUCUCCUCCUCCUCCUCCUCCUCCUCUCAGCUGAGUUUAAAGCACUUUCUUCUUCCAGCCUCCACAGGUAGAAAAAGGGAUGCAAACUGCUCCACGUUCAUUUCUUACUGUUUGAAUGUCCUUUUCUGAUUCCUCUCCUCGUACCGUUUUAUUGGGAUGAUCUAAUUGUAUUUGUGGUCUGUGAGGUGGAGCGCCGCAUGUCUGCUUAAAGCGUGUCGAGGUUCAGCAGGUACAAAUAUUCAGGAGACGCUGAACCUCUGCACGCCUUACGCCCAGCCCGUCACCGUCAGCUGUUUUCCAAAUCAGGCCGCGAGGCGUUCGGUGGAAUUCCUCCUUUUACAGCUGCAGCUUUUUGACCACAACAUUAAAACCACUGACAGCUCCAGAGGAGCCUGAGGCAUUGACCCGGCCUCCAAACUCCCUCAGAUACCAAACCGUGCCAGAUCCAAGCUCUGAUGCCCAGCAGGGUGCCACAGUGAUCCAGUCCCCAUUGACUCCCAUGUUAAAUAUUUCCAGCAGAAAUAACCAUGUUUACAGCCUGAGACAGAAAUACUAAUGCUAACUGUACAUCUGGAUAACCUUAUGGGCGUGGCUUCUUUGACAGACGGAUGUUGCAGGGCUUCAUCUCAGCCAAUCAGUCACUGAACUGGACCUCUGGGCUAUCUGUGCUCCUUUAUCCUCCUCUUGUAGCUCUAAUUGGGACAAUAAUUUACCAGAUUAUCAUACUUUAUUCAGUUAGACUUGAACUAGCAACUGAGACCAAAAACUCAUCAGGAAGUGUCACUGAGACGUACACGCUGGUCUCUUUGUGCCCCCUGCUGGCCGUUGGAACGAAUGCACCUUAAAGCAGAAGGAUCCAGAAUCGGAGGCCGUCUUUCAUACUGUCUGUACUGUCUGUGGUGUCUGUGGUGAUCAAAUAUGUUCACAAAGAAACCAUCACAGGCCAAAAAUGUGGAGCCACUGUGGCCUGAGGUCAGAGCUCCAUCAGGUGCCAAUAAAGGUACAUAAACCUCGAGAGUUCAGAAGGUGUUCAAAUGAAAGCUGAAUCAAACUUAGGAGACAAACGAUGUCUGAAUGUGGCCUGAACAAAGAAAGAUCAUUCAGCCCCAAAUAUGACUCUGACACAGCUCAACUGAUGAUGAUCGGCCUGAUAAUAACAGUGUUUUUAUAUCUGACUUUAUUAUUAUUUUACUGUAUUGUUGUAACUUCCUGAUGAACGCUCCUGUUAACAGAUCAAACUGCAGUCUUGGAGCACAGCAGGCCGAUUUGAUGGUGUGAAACAUUUCUCAGUAAAUGAGAGAAAAAGAACCACCAGUGUGGACCUUUAACUUUAGAGUCUCGUGUGAUGAAGCCGCUGCAGUCCCGGAUACGUCAGUUAGUGUCUCGUGUUCCUCCAUCACUCUGAGGCCGCCUCGUUAAAUGUCACUGUUUUAAUUUAAACUGAAUGGAAGUCAAACUCGACCAGAAGCUGAGUCUGAGUAAUUAUUUUUGUACCACGUGUUUUUAUUUUCAGGUUUGAAUGUUUAAUGAUGAUGUGAAUGUGCCUUAUUUAAUUUAAACCCAAAUAGCCAAUAAUAAACCUGCGAUUUAGACAAAUUUCA